AUGCCCGCACUUAUCGUAUUUUUAGUUUCCUAUGUGUUAGCAAUACAAACCCAAAUUAGCUGCAAUUCAACAAAAUAUUACUACAAUACAGCAAUAAUGGACUGUGAUACCUGCGGGGAUAAUAAAAUUGCAAGUUCUGACUGAUUGUCAUGUGAAUGUGCUCCUGGGACUUAUAAAGACCCUACUACAAAUGAGCUUCCAAUGUUCUCUUGCAUUGCGUGCUCGCCAGGUGCUCCAAGUUCUGAUGGAUAUGCGUGCCAAACAUGUCCAAAUGGAAUUGACCAAUCAACAAAAGAUUGCUAUUGCUCAUCUGCCAGCUAUGAAGUUGUUGAAGAGUUUAUGGCUUUUUUUUUUUAAUUAAAUAAAUUAAUAUUUUUCACUAUAAAAUUUGACUUGAGAAGACGCGCUAAAACAAUGAAGUAUAGUAUAAUAAGGAUGGAACUUAUUUGACUGAGAAAACUUGCCAAGCUUGCUCUUCUCUUAAUUACUACCCUGGCCCUGGUUCUCAUUCUUGUGAACAAUGCCCUUAUUUAGAUAUAAUGGAAAGAGAUCCUUCCACUUAUAAAUGCGUUUGUAUAAGUGAUUAUACCAGUUCAGCAGGGACUUGUGUUAAAAACUCAGAAGUGGCUGACUUACUAACUCAAUUCCCUUUGGAAUCUGCUAGAAGUGUUAUUUAUAACUACGUCGAAACCAAUAAAGGCGUUUCCCAAGUCACAAUUGCUGCUAGUGACACUUUUAAUUAUUUUUAUUUGAAAUCUUAACUCUCCCCCUCAGUGCUAUCAGAAAAAUUUAUUUUUUGGGUAAACCCUAUGUUUGCGAACAAUUUUUUAUUAUAAAAAUAUUUUGAUAUGUAAGUGGUAAAUAUAAUAAUGAAAUCUCUAUCUAGUUCAUUGAAUUUUAAACAGCUUGCAUUUUAAAACAUAAAUUUUACAGAUUAAAUUAAUUUUUUCUUUCCGAUUUUUUCGAAUUAGGUAAAUUUUGAAGAAAAAAAAAGUUAAAAACCAAAUGAACAAAAUUUUAUUUGUUUUCUUGGGGGAGUAAGGGACUGCAAUAACACCCGUAGUAUCGAAGCCUGCCAAAACCUCGCCAAUUUAUGUGUGCUUCAAUUAUAUAACGAACAAUCCACAGUUUGCCAAUUAUACGAGUAUAUUGAAGGCAAAAGAAAAACAGCGACACCUUCGUCAGAGUCAGCAAGUGAUCCAGGACUAAAAGAAGAUAUGGCUUGGAUUUAUUAUGGGAAUCCCGCAGAUGACGUUUUGGACUCUGAUAUUGUAAAUAUGAAGGUCACUUUUGAUUCGGGUGAUACUGAUAAAAUAAAUAAACUUCAAUUUAAGCUUGCCAAAUUUAUGCUUAAUGGGACCUUUGUGGAGUACAUUGACCUGACGGAUCAGCUGAUUUUAUGCCCUCAUUCAGACGAUGAUACAAAAAAUUGAAAAACUUUUGGGACUAAUGAAGUUUAUGACUGUGACUUAGACCUUACCCCUUAUAUCACUUAUUCUGAAACUGUUUUCUAUGACCCUUAUUUAUUAGACCAAGAUGGAAGCUUAAUUGAUGUACCUGUUUUAAUUGAUAAUUUUAUAGAUACAAAUGGAGAUAAGCCUAAUAAAGGCUCAGAUAAAUCAUCAUGAAGGCUGGUGAGAAGGUUUUUUAUAUAUGAUAACGUAAGUGGCAAAGUUGGCACAAAUGCAUAUAUUUAUGGAAAUGAUACCACAGUUUUGACUUAUCCUAAAUCAAUAAAGCUCAGGGUCACUCUUAGGACUGAUGCAGACUCAAAAAUAUAUGUGCCUUUACUGCUUAUUAAAUACCGCACAAGGCUGGUAAACUAUAUUGAGCAAGAAGAUAAAAGCUCCCAUUUAACUUUUAUCAGUGAAUAUACCAUGAAUACCUCAGGAUUCUGAAAAGUCGCUUUAGCCAUUUUUAUUGUGACUAAUUUUGUACUUAUCUUGAUAUGACUUCUAAAAUUAUAUAUUUGGAAGAAAAACAACCCUGCAAUCAUUUCAAGAGAUGGCUAUACCAUGAAAAUGAUUUCUGCAGGCGCAUGAACGUUUUUCGGGGUGUGAGCGUUUACAAUGUUUUGGUAUCUCUUUGUGUUUACCGCUUAUUGGUUUAUUUUUUAUAAAAUGCAGUACCAUGUAUAUGUCCUAAUUCCUCCACAGAAUUCAUACCCUGACGAUUAUGUUGCGUUUCAAGUAGUUUUUGGGCUAACUGUGUCGUUUCAAAUAUUGUGGGUGCUUAAUAUUAUUAUGACACAAGCCAAGGUAGAUUUUUUAUUUAUUGAUUGGGAGACUCCAGGAAGGAUUUUGAGACCUGGCGCUGACCAAAUUAAAGCAAUUAUCGGAGAAGUUAGAGGGGACCCGCCGCGCCCUGAAUACUAUAAAGUCAGUGUGAGUGCUUGGAGAACUCUAUUUGUAUCGAAUGAGCUUAAUGAAAUACAAGCAUCUAGGUACAUAAACAUUGAGUUUACUUUAAUUUUUACGCUGCUUUUCUUGAGUGGAAUCGGAUGGGAAGAGCUUGGGUCUGCUCAGCCUAAUCUUCAUACUGAUGAAGGUAGCUACACAAAGUCACCAAUGAAUAUGGUCUUGAGAUUCUUUAUUGAUUCUUUUUUGAUCCUUGUAAUAGGGUAUACUCAAUUUAUUAUCAGAAAAAUCAUAACUUCCCCUCCAUGAGCUGGCAAAACCAUAAUUUUUUGGUAAGCAAAAUGUUUAUAUAAGUGAUAAUUAUUAUAAGAAAACCUCUUCUAAUUCUAUUCAUUCUAGACAGCUUGGUUUUUUAUACAUAAUUUUUUAAAAUUAAAUUAAUUUUCGUUUUCCAUUGGGAUUUAAAUCCUCCUUUUGUGAGCAAAAUUUUAUUGCUCACUCACAGCGAGAAGAUGUAAGUACAUGGGUUCCUACCCAACUUCACAAUUUUGUUGAUCUUUGCGCAAUCACAAAUAUUUCGGUAUUUAUACUAGAUGAUGCAUUGCAUGGGUAUUAUAUUCAUGGAUGUUCACCUAUAGGUAUAGCCCAUGCGCGAUAUUAGAUUGUCCCAGGCUCAGUUUUUCUGAACAACUGCCCGAGCUGGUUCUCCAGCUCAUAUUGAUGGUCCAACUUUGAGAGUUGACAAAUGCUUCUUAUUCAGCGUUUUUUUAUAAACUCCCUGAGGUGAUUUAUUCAUAUGAGCUUAGAGAACCUAUUCAGGGAGUUUCCGAGAAAAAUCCAGCCCAGGACGAUCUUAUAUGAUCCUUGGGCUAUAUCGCAGAUAUAACCCUAGACGAGCUGCUAAAAGGGUUAGGAAAAGAAGAAUCUGGGACAGCCAUGAAAAGAGGCUUAGUCCCAGAUGACCCUACACAGCUUCAAACCUUUGAAAUUUAUAUCCCUUGAAGAGUUCGAGAAACUUAUAAUACAAUGACCUCAAAUGCUACAGACUCUGACGCAAACUCUUAUGCAGCUGCCCAAAAAUUAAACCAAGCUUCUAAACUAUGGCUUAAUCGGCAAACUACUACAGAACCAUUGACACAGGAAGCUAUGGAUGAUAUAAGAAAUCAGCUGAACAAUAAAUUCAAGACUUAUAUUACUGAUGUGAUAAGAAAUAAUAAAUCCCAAGUAUUGGAAAAAACUCCUGUACAAAGAUUUUUGAGCAUGCCUCCUACUGAUAUGGCCAGCUUCGUAGGAAUGCCAUUUUUUUAUAGAGAUAUAGCGAUGGGGUUUGAAAAUAUUUUUUUCAUGGGAAGAGAGUUUAGCUUGCUACUAUUGGACAUUUUGAUAUUUGAUCUUAUUGAUAUAGCAGCGCAGAAUAUAUAUAUUGCAGCUCUUGUUACUUAUGUUUUUAGUAAAAUUGUCGUCUGAUUCAGGCAAGAUUUAGGGGAGAGGAAUUUGUCAAGAAAGACUCUUGUGGAUAGAUUAGAUAAAAUUCUAGCGGGAGUAUUCAGGAAUUAUUUUAGUCAUUCCCAUCCCAGGAAAGCUUCGCGUUGGCGCUAAGCACGAUCCUAUCCUGCCUUUUUCUACUUAUGCAACAAAAAAAUGGAGACAUGGGAGGUCUCUCAGGGAGAUCGCGGCUUUUCUUAUCAAGGCCCGGAUCAACUCACGGAUCACCGGAGGCCACAUCAGAUUGCACCAUUUUAAUAAUUCUUUGCGGAUAGAAGAUUCUUGAUAUAG